UAAUAAGUUUGCUUUCUCUCUUCUCGUUCUUACUUCAUUCGUCCAUUCUUCAACUUUAUACAAUUCCCCAUGCUCCUUUCCCUUAGAACCGUGGCUCCCGCCACCAAAGUCGCUCAGCGUUUAUUUAGCAGCUCAUCCAAGGUUGCAGGCUAUGACAAAACUAUCAAGAACAUGUUAAUCAAUAAGCAGACCAAAGUUGUCUGCCAAGGGUUCACUGGCAAGCAGGGCACCUUCCACUCAAAACAAGCCAUCGAGUAUGGCACCAACAUGGUCGGGGGCAUCUCUCCAAAGAAAGGAGGUCAGACACAUUUAGGACUCCCUGUUUUCAACACCGUUGCUGAAGCUACAAGGGAACUCAAGCCCGAUGCUAGUGUCAUCUAUGUCCCUCCUCCCAUGGCUGCCGGAGCUAUUAUGGAGGCUAUUGAAGCCGAGAUCCCCCUCGUUGUUGCCAUUACUGAGGGAAUCCCUCAACAGGAUAUGGUUCGCGUCGUUAGAACAUUAAAGUCACAGGACAAGACACGUUUGAUUGGACCAAACUGCCCUGGAAUCAUUGCACCAGGUGCCUGCAAGAUUGGUAUUAUGCCAGGCCAUAUCCACAAGCCCGGCAAGAUUGGUAUCGUUUCACGCUCUGGUACAUUGACUUAUGAGGCUGUCAAUCAGACGACAGAGGUUGGUCUUGGUCAAACGUUGUGUGUUGGAAUUGGAGGAGAUCCUUUCAAUGGGACCAACUUUAUUGAUUGCUUGACAUUGUUCUUGGAUGAUCCUCAUACGGAAGGGAUUAUCAUGAUUGGAGAGAUUGGAGGUAGUGCCGAGGAAGAGGCCGCAGACUUCUUGAAGAAAUACAAUUCGACGCGCGAGAAGCCCAAGCCAGUGGUAUCGUUCAUUGCAGGACGCACUGCCCCACCUGGCCGUCGAAUGGGUCAUGCUGGGGCUAUCAUUGCGGGAGGCAAAGGUGGAGCAGAUGACAAGAUUAAGGCCCUUGAAAGUGCUGGGGUCGUUGUCUCGCAAAGCCCCGCAAAGCUGGGUGUGAUGAUGCGUGCGGAGAUGGAGAAAGCAGGUUUGAUUUAAAUAAAAUAAAAAGGGAGAACUGUUGCUGUUUUUACUGGGGAACAAAAGGAAAAUAAAU